AUGACUAAGUUUUUGUUGGGUUCUUUUGCUUUAGGGCAUGAACAUUGUGCAGGGCCUUCUUUAAAGAAGAAGAAAACUAGUGAUCGAACUAUAGUGCACCCCAUCAAUCAGAACCACCAACACGAGUCUUCUUCACGAUCACCAGAUCAAUCGAUCAUAGCAAGAACUUCUUUGCAUAACAAGAAAACUCGUGGUCCAACAAAAGGUGCUGGCACUUACGACGUGGUUAAUAAGUCCCAGGGGCAAAUUCAGAUUCGGUUGGAUCCAGAGCAGAAAUUAGUGGAGGGUAUAAAGACUCACCCAUUGUUUGUCAAUGAGAUUGGAAUAAUCACUCGUGCGAAAGCUCCACUGAAUGUUCUAGGAUUGAAGAAAGUUCCUAAAGAGGAUAAGCAAGAAUGGGCAGAGGCACUGAAGUUCAACUUUGAUGUUGACCUCAUGGAUCCGGCUAUGUGGAGGUUUAUUGAUGAUCAUAUGUACUCCACUUAUAAAGAGUGGAAAUCGAAGCUCCAUAAACACUUUAAGAAGUUUUAUCCUGACAUUGAGCUUGCACGGGCUACACCUCCCCCCAAAGAACUAUUUGGUACGACACGAACAAUAGAGGAAUGGCAUUGGCUUAUUGAUAACUUGUACACAAAUGAGCAAUACCAGGUACUGUAA